GGUUCUCUCCCAGCCCUGGGAGGGGAGCGGGGUCUAGUGGUUAGAGCGGGUAGCGGGUUCCCUGCAGUCUCCCCUCCAGCUGGUCUCUCUCUGGUGGUUGAUGUUGCUCUGGGUCAUCGCAGUAACCGACCAGCUCUUCGCUCUUUCCUCUGCUCCCCGGCGCCGCGGCUGCCCAGGGGUCACCAUGAGGCGUCUCGUCUGGCUGCUGUUCCUCCCGGGCUUCCUCUGUCAAUGUGACCCAUCUGUCGAGGUCCCCGAGUCCCUGAUCGCUUGGACGGGGGCCUGUCUGUCCAUCCCGUGCCUGUAUCGAUCCUGUGUCCUGAACCCCAUAAGGACAAAGAAAUUGACCAUCAACUCCCUGACCUGGUACCUGAACCCUGUGUAUGACUCUGAGAAGAAAGAUUUCAGUGGCACCGUCCUGUAUAAACAUAGCGCCUCCAUCAGCCCAGCCGUCACAGAGCGUGUGAGGUUCCUGGGGGACCUGGAGAGAGAUUGCAGCCUGCAGCUGUCUGACCUGCGGGCCAGCGAGAACGGCACAUACGGGCUGAGACUGAUCAUCUCGAGCACUGGGCAGAAGCCAGAGGAGAAGAAGUGGAUGACUAAGAUCAGUGUGAACGUGAUGGGUUCGCCUCCAGCUCCUCAAAUCCAAACACCCAGUGAGUUCAGGGAGUCAAUCGCAGCCCAGGCAGUUUGCUCCGUAGCCUAUCACUGCCCCAACUACCCCAUAACCCUGACGUGGGUCGGUUUGGGGCAUAGGACUCCUGAGCCCACCAUGAGGACGGGGAGCGGAAGGACUGAGAGCACACUGACUUUCACGCCCACCUGGCAGGACCAUGGGACAAAUUUAACCUGCCGGCUCAGCACCCCGGCUGGGACACCGAGCUCCGAGAACAGCGUGGUGCUGGACGUGAAAUAUGCCCCUAAGGGAGUCCAGUUGAACGCGACACCCGGAGAGACUAUCCGAGACGGGGACAGACUCGUGCUGAUGUGCAUGACCAAGGGCAGCAACCCCCCCGUCUCCACGUACAACUGGUAUAAGGACACACAGUGGCUGCACCAGGGGCAGGAGCAGAGGCUAGAGUUUGAAGCCAAGGGGGAUGAGCAUUCCGGCUCCUAUCUCUGCCAAGCCACCAAUGAAAUACAGACGGUCCCAUCCCCAGCGCUGUGGAUAGACGUCCAGUAUGCCCCAAAGGACGCGCGUGUUGAACUGGUGACAGGCUCUCAGAUCCAGGAAGGGACCACGGUUGUGCUCAACUGCUCCUGCAGGGCUCAUCCGCCCGUCAGCAACUACACAUGGUACAGAAACGGCCAGCACCUCCCAGCACAAACCCAGCAGGAGCUUCACUUCAACAAGAUCCAUCCCGACCAGUCCGGUUCCUACCACUGCAAGCCUCAGAACAGAGUCGGGAUGUCUGAAUCGCCGGCCAUUACAGUUGACGUACAGCACCCCCCCAAGGAGGUACGAAUCACCCUCAAAAACCUCCAGCGCAUCCGGGAAGGCGACGCGGUGACGCUGAACUGCUCCGUGGGCAGCAGUAACCCCCCGGUGACCAAGUACACGUGGUACAAGGAUAACAGCCAGUAUCAGGAGACCCAAGAGAGCGUCCUGACCUUCCCUGCCACAGAGGAGUGGUCCGGUAGCUACAGCUGUGUGGCUCAGAACGCGAUCAGCUAUAGCCAGUCUUCAUCUGUCUCAGUGGAUGUGCAGUGUGAGUUAGAUGGGGGAAGGGUGGAGCCGGGCUUCUGCGGAUCCGGAUCGAUGCUCCCAUGUUGACAAGACGAGACCCAAGAUCCUCUGCAAGACACCUCACAUUUAUAGCAGCUUCCCUUUCAUGCAAAUCUAUACCAGAUGCAAAAUCUGUGUCUGUGUCUAUUGGUCCUUUGUGCUGCUUCUCUCUGGGUGUUGUCCCAAUGCUGUUUAAAGAGGGUGUUUUCUAAAGACGGUGCUCGCUUCUAACCCCCGAGGCUGUCUAAUCCCCAGGCCGUCAAUAUGUCUAAUCUUCUUUAGUGAGUCCACUUGACAAGUUUUAUUGUCCUUGGGUCUAGCUUCCAUCCCCUCCCCA